GAACUCCAGAACAUAAUGCUGACAACCGCCAUAAGAACUUUCGCGUCCCAAACACCGCGUUCCGUGCUCCGCGUCCUCUCUCAUAGUACCACCACCCCCACUGAUGUUGUCGCGUUGAUGCAUGACGAGCAUCCUGUUUCCAAGGAUCAUGCAAAACCGGGACGCCGGACACAGAGUAAGAAAGAGGGGACUGUAUCCCUCUUCUGGGACAUGGAAAACUGCGGUCUCCGACUCCGUUCGAAGGAUGGGUACACCGUCGAAGAGCUUCGCCGGUCUGCGGAGGGCUUUGGCCGUGUGAAGAUUCUCAAUGCGUACUUGGACAAGAGUCAUCAUGCGACGUCCAAGUCACUGUCCGCGUUCCACUCGCAGGGCUUUGAUAUUAUCGAUUGCCCGCAUAAUGGUGAGAGGAACGUCGUCGAUAUGCGCAUGAUAGACGACAUGAUGGCUUGGGCCACCAAUAACCCCGCGCCUGACACUGUGGUGCUAAUCGCAGGGGACAAACACUACAAGGAGGCAGUAUCCAACCUAUCAAAACGGGGAUACAAUGUCAUUGUUAUCGCGCCGCCCAAGGCGCUUACCUGUAUGAGAGCUGCCCAACCAGCUAAAGUGCUGCCGUGGCGCACGAGCUUGGGCGAGUAGGGCCGAGCGGGCGUUGCCCUAUGCCGGAUAAUACAUGCGCGUGUAGUGCGGAGCGGAGCGAGUAAAGACCACGGGCUGUCAGGUAGCAUGGGGAAGAGGGAGCGCGAGCGAGCUAUCGUGCGUAUUCCGGGGUGUAGGUAAGCAGGUCAUUUGGUGCGCGGGCGAUCUUGUGGAAAGGGGCCGGGUGAGGGCGUAUUCGAGUGCGUAAGCGCAGGGAGGAGUGAGAAUAGGUGGUCGUAGGUAGAUGAUUAGUUUAUGUACAGUAGCAGUGUUCCGGUAAUGGAGGGUAUCAUCGCAU